AUGCUUAAUCUGGACGUUGAUGCUGACUUGAAAGCUGAUGAGGGGACCGAGACGGGUGAGGGAUCGUUACCAAACCGAUUUGCUGCGUCACUCGGGUCGUUUACUGCCCUGACCCAUCUUAGCAUUGGCGUUGACUUGCUCCUGGGGAAGCCCAUUGAGGUCAACCAGAACCCUCCCCCAUCUUUCCGGUUGCUUGAUAUCCUACCUCCGAACCUGGAACAGCUAGCCAUACGUGGGUACAAGGCUGGUGAAUGCCAAUUUCACACAGAUCAAAUCUCGUCUUUAGAAAGAAGUCGGGAUAAGAGUAAUUGUUUGGAGAGGAUUACCGGAAUCGAUGAGCCAAUUCCAAGGGGGGUACAUAGAUCGCCCUCCUACUCCGGUCCGAAUCAUGAAUAUUGGGUAGAGGAAUACGACUGGGCAACUGAACCAGAGGAAUUUGACGAGGUAGAGCCAAGAUAUUCGGAUCUGAGCGGGGAUGAAACGGAGACUCAGGGAGUCGAUAUGCAGUACACCCGAAACUUAAAUCAGAUCGUCUUCAUGGGAUACUUGAUGGAUAAGGAACUAUAG